ACGAAGUCAAACAUCCUUCUGUUCAGCUGACAUUCUCUAUUCUCAUUGGUUCUACGGCACACUAUCUUAUGUCGUGUUUCUCAUUCUUCACCUCGUUUGCUCAGGGCCAUGGACCAGAUACAAGAAGGCGUGGAACAGGUAUAAAGAGAGACAACUAUGUUAUCUCAUGUUCAGACCUGACGCAGCUGCUUUCCCUCUACAGCAACAAGGCCUUCAGGACGUCUCCCAGAUGGCGUACUCCACCGGCACUCUGGCACAGGGCUGUUUUGGGAAGGUGUACAGGGAGAAAUACAAUGACACCUGGGCUGCCAUAAAGAAGGUCCCGCACCAGCUAAUCAGUAAGAAGGACCUGGAGAGAGAGUGUGAAGUGUACAACAAGGCAAAUCAUCCCAAUAUAGUGAGGCUUCUGGGAAACAUAAAUCUCAAAGACGGGAAAUGGAUCAUUCCUCUGGAGUUCAUCUUUGGAGAAGACCUGGAGACCACCAUCUUCAAAGCGUCAAAGUCUAAAAUACAGUUGACUCAAGCUAAUAAAGGAACUAUCAUAAUCGGCAUGUGUGAGGGGCUGCUUCACCUCCACUCCAAAGAUAUUGUCCAUCAAGACCUCAAGCCUGAAAACAUCAUGGUGGAACAUAACACAAACAGAGCGGUAAUCAUUGACCUGGGACUAGCCAAGUUCUUCCGACAUGGUCUCAACUCUGCCAUGGACAUGGGGAACGAGGCCUACUCAGCCCCUGAGGUGCUGCGGAGGUGCCACCAGCGGGACCAGCGCUCUGAUGUGUGGGCCAUGGGUAAGAUCAUCGCUGAGCUCUGUGCCCGGAUUCGGCUGUACACACCCAGCGUUUGCCCCGCCAAGAUCAAGGAAACCCUGCACGAUCAGCCGUACUGCCACGCCGUGUGUAGGAUGGUGGAGCCCGACCCUUCCCUGAGGGCAUCCAUGGGGGGGGUCAUUAGUGACAUACGAAGGGCCGGAGGUGCAGGCAUCGUCACCCAUACACCUAUUCAAAGAGAGCUCUUAAAGCCACCUGCACCCCAUCUUAAUGCCAGAAAUCGAUCUCCGUCACCAUUGAAGAGGGAUCCAUCUCCACUGAAAAGAGAUCUAUCGCCAAUGAGGAGGGCGCCAUCACCGUUCAACAAGGAUCCAGCACCACUAAACAGGGCGCCAUCACCGUUCAACAGGGAUCCAGCACCACUAAACAGGGCGCCAUCACCGUUCAACAGGGAUCCAGCACCACUAAACAGGGCGCCAUCACCGUUCAACAGGGAUCCAGCCCCUCUGCACAGGUCUCCAUCGCCAUUACUAAAAGCACUGCAUGAAGACAAGAACAAAAACCAGGCUCUGGUCCCGACAGGUGGAACCGACCUCAUGCAGGAUUUCAUGAAAAUGAGGCUCUACCAAGAGGCAGCCAAGGACCUGCCCUGCAACCUGCCUACAACAGGGAGGGUGGUGGUGCGGCGCUUUGAGGAGAAAAAUGGGGAGGUGGAAACAUGGGAGCAGAAGGAGGUUGUGACACGUGGUGGGAAGAUAGUUAAGUUUGAUGAUGUCAAGUUUAAUGGCAAAAAAUAGUAAGAGUUUAAGUUUUUGUUAAGAGACUGCAGGUGAGGGGCGUCGCGUGGCGUAGUGGUCUAAGCAGGCGCCCCAUGUGUAGAGGCUACAGUCCUCGCUGCAGUCGGCCCCGGUUUGAG